AGACGGCGAAGAAGGCGAGACAGAGGAAGUCGACAUUGAUCUCAACGACCCGGAAGUAGAGCAGGCAGCCAUUAAAAUCCAGGCAGGGUUCAAAGGGUUCAAGGCCAGGAAAGAAAUUCAAGGUUCAGGAGAAGAAAUUCAGCCACAGGAAGCAGAGCAAACCACGGCACCACCACCGGAUGCGGACGAGGAGGAAGUGGACAUAGACUUGGACGACCCGGAUGUGGGCAAGGCUGCGCUCAAGAUCCAGGCCGGGUUCAGGGGGCUGCAGGCGCGCCGUGAUGUGGCCAGCAAGAAGCCUCCGGUAGACACUAACGCUAGUCUUCCCGAUCAGGGUCAUGACCUUGACAUUGACAUCAAUGACCCUGAUCUCCGAGCGGCGGCCUUGAAACUUCAGGCGGGUUUCAGAGGUUUGAACGCACGGAAGGAGAUUCAGAGAAGAAAGGCGGAGGUUCAGGAGCGCGGGAAGGUCGACGCCCCCACGGUGACCCAGGAGCCACGCCCACCACCACCACCGGAAGAGGAAGAAGUGGACAUUGACCUCGAAGACCCGGAUGUGGCCAAGGCGGCCUUGAAAAUACAGGCUGGCUUUAAAGGCCUGAGGGCCCGAAAAACCCUCAGACAGAAGACGGCAGCACAGGAGACUGCGGCACAACCGGAAGCAGUACAAGCAGAAGACACAGCCACGUCCAACGCGGCGGCCGAGCCAGAGGUCAAGGACGAGCUGGCUGACAUUGACCUCGACGACCCCGCCACCGCUCAGGCGGCGCUGAAGAUCCAAGCCGGUUUCCGUGGUUACCAGACGCGCAAAGACUUGAGUGAGAAAGAUGGCGACGAGAAAGAGGGGGCAGAGGGUUCCGGCGGCGCGGAGCAGGUCGAGGCGGAAGCAGCACAGGAAGAGGAAAAGAAGGAAGAAGGAGGAGAGGCACAGCAGCAGAAGCAGCAGCAGGAGGAAGAAGAGGAGGUGGACAUUGAUUUGAACGAUCCGGAGGUGGAAAAGGCAGCUACGAAGAUCCAAGCAGGGUUCAAGGGUUUCAAGGCGAGGAAGGAGUUGUCGGCAAAGAGCAAAGAGGACGGAGGUGGUGAGGGAGAGGGAGAAGGAGAAGGGGGUGAAACUCAGGAGGCUGAGGCUGAGGCUGCUCCCGCUCCGGCAGAAGAAGGACAGAAGGAAGAAGGAGAAGAGAAGGAGGCAGAAGCUGCACCGGAACAACAAGCCGAGGGGGAAACUCAGGCAGCCGCAGAGGAAGAGACCGCCGCCCCUGCAGAAGGGGGUCAAGGUGAGGGUCAAGGUCAAACACAGGAGGCGGUGGAAGAGGAGAUCGAUAUCGAUCUGGAAGACCCGGAGGUGGAGAAGGCAGCCAUGAAGAUCCAGGCGGGGUUCAAGGGCAUGAGGGCGAGGCGGGGACUGAAGGGAGGGGAGGAGCAGGAGAAGGAGGAGAAAGAGGCGGAGCAACAGGAGGCAGAGGGGGCGGGGCAACAGGAGGAAGAGGGGGCGGGGCAAGUGGAAGAAGGGGCUGGGCAGCAGCAGGAAGAGGGGGAGGGGCAACAGCAGGAAGAGGGGGAGGGGCCAAAAGAUGCUGAGGGACAGGCGGAGGAGGGGCAACAGCAGGAGGAGUCGUAGACAUCCAGACAGUAGAGGAAAUGUUGAAAAUGUGAAAUAGAAAACAAGAAAAAGAAAAAAGAAAGAAAAGUACCCUCAAGUGCAGAAACUAGACCUGAAAGAUGUUUUCUCAGUCAUACAUGUAUUUAUUGUGAGGAAAGCCGAAGUUUUGGGGUUGUUGUUUUGUUUUUUUGUUUUCUCUAGACAACGAAAAUGGUUAUUGUUUUUUACGUUUUGCACGACUCGUAGCCUUAUAGUCCUAGUGUGAUUUCGAGGGGAGCGACAAUAACGCUCAUCCCCGCCCUCUUUUCCUUUUUUCUCCCUCCGUUUCAUCUCACUUUUUAUAUGACAUUGUCUGUUCGAAAUGGAAAACGUUUCAUUGUUAAGAUAAUGAUUUUUUUAUAAUGUAGGAGACGAUGUUCCAAUUCUAGAAGGCAAGUUUGAAUAAGACCGUCGCCGAUAGUCUAUUUAUCUAUGAAACGAAUGGUUUGUGAUGCAAGCUUGUUUCUUUUUGUGUCUAUUUAUUCUAGAUGCACUGAGUGUAAAAACAAUGAAUUAAAUAAGACGAUCUGUAGAAAUACAUAAUUUAUACUGUAUGCUUGUAUUUUUUGUAGGGGCCAUUUCAGUCACAGUAUACUUUAUGAAAUUCUUGACAGAUUUAUACAUUGGGAAACAUUAUUAUAAAUUAUACUCUUACACGAAAUUUAUACAUAUUAGCUAAUUAUGUAUGCAAUGCCUAUUUACUUCUAACACUACUCAUUUUUUGAAAGUAUAGAUGCUGUAAGUUCUUUUAUUUAAAAAGAUUAGAAAACAAACAUUUUAUUGAUCCAAAUGAGAUUUUUUAAAAUUUCAUAUCUUGUCAGAUUUGUGAAUGGCCAACGGCCAAGCUACAGAAACUGAUAACAAAAUUUUUUUUUUAAGAAAAGAAAUUACAACACUGGGAGGGGGACGUUCCAACAUUGUCACUCGAACUAUCUCUGGUCUGUUUGUGCUCCAGGUAUAGAAUCAAAACAUUGCCAAACAAACCCUCAUCUUUGCCUAAAUGAAAUGUCUAAUGGGUUGACCUUUCAUUAUAUAACUGAAGCCAACUACUCUACCCCACCCUCACCCCCAAUCUUGUAUAAAUCACUCACUCACUAUCAGACAGUUUUCUGAUGCAGAUAGAACAUG